UGGCGUGGGCGGGACAUGCCGCUGUGGCUUGUCAACCUCCAGGAUCAGGCAGAAGCGAUUGAAGAAAAUCGUGAAAGAGAAGUAAAGAUGGCCAGAGGUGGUCGCAGCCUUCGUAGAGUUGCUGAGUGCAUAAAACAGUUGUCUGCAAGUCGAGAAUUAACGUCGAGGAACAAUUUAAGAUAUCUGUCAUCAUGCGGGAUCCUUAUGACGCGUGUCCCUCCUCUGCUGAAUGCAGCCGUAAACCAUCAGCCUGUGUCACCUGCACGCAGCUUCUUCAACCUGGCAGACUCCUUCUCCAAGAAGAAAGAGUACUCAGAAAGGCGCAUCAUUGGGUAUUCUAUGCAGGAGAUCUAUGAUGUGGUGGCGGGAGUGGAAAACUAUCGUCUGUUUGUGCCCUGGUGUAAAAAGUCAGACGUGAUAUUCAGACGAGCAGGGUUCUGCAAGGCCAAGCUUACUGUGGGCUUCCCCCCAGUGGUGGAGAACUACACCUCUCUAGUCUCAUCAGUGCGCCCCCACCUGGUCAAGGCUUCCUGCUCAGAGGGUAAACUGUUCAACCAUUUGGAGACAGAGUGGCGCUUUAGUCCUGGGCUUCCUGGCUACCCUCGCACCUGUACUGUAGAUUUCUCUAUUUCCUUUGAGUUCCGCUCCUUGCUGCACUCACAGCUGGCCCACAUGUUUUUUGAUGAAGUGGUGAAGCAGAUGGUAUCAGCGUUUGAACAUCGCGCAUCUCAAGUCUUUGGUGCAGAGACACCCAUCCCUCGUGAGCUCAUGUUUCAUGAGGUGCACCACACGUAGCAUCAUCACAACUGUACGCCUGAACCUGAUGCCUAAAGCUGACAUCCAAAUAUUUGCAAUGGGAGGUUUGAGUGGAAAAACUCAACCAUCACAAUUUAAUCUGCAGUGCCUGUCUCACAAUAAAGACCAACUCCCGAAAGACAAUCUUUUGCCAAAUUUCACUUUGGUGCUUUACAUGCCAGAUCCUUUAAAUUUUUAUUUAUUUUUAGUCUGUGCAUAGAAAUUGUUAUUAAAUGUGGAACUGAUUUAGAUUUUA